AUGAAGUUCACCGCUGCUCUUGCGCUUGCGAGCGCCGUCUCUGUUGAGGCUGGUGUUAUUGCAGAAAGGGCUACCUAUGCGGUUAAGGGUGCCGCCGAAGGUUUCGCAAAGGGCGUCACUGGAGGAGGCUCCGCUGCUUGCGCUGUUCCCUCAAGCACCUCUGAGCUCAAGUCCUGGCUCAGCGACAGCACCGCCCGCUGCAUUGUCCUCGACAAGGAGUUCAACUUCAAGAGCACUGAGGGCACCGUCACCGAGAACGGCUGCAGGCCUGCAUCGAACAAGUGCCCCGGAAACGGUGGCCAGGAUGCCAUCAACCAGGCCAGCUGGUGCACUAACGGUAAUGCUGGUACAGGCUCGACUACCAUCAGCGUCACGUACGACAAAGCCGGUAUCAGCGGUCUCACCGUCGGCUCUAACAAGUCCAUCAUCGGCGUUGGUUCUAAGGGUGUCCUCCGUGGAAAGGGUCUCCGCAUCGCCAACGGCGCAAAGAACGUCAUCAUCCAAAACAUCCACAUCACCGAGCUGAACCCGCAGUACAUCUGGGGUGGUGAUGCCAUUGCCGUUGACGGCUCUGACCAGGUCUGGAUCGACCACAACAAGUUCUCCCUCAUCGGCCGCCAAAUGGUUGUCCUCGGUAACGGCGCCUCCAACCGCGUUACCAUCUCCAACAACGAGUUCGACGGCGUGACCUCCUGGUCCGCCACCUGCGACGGCCACCACUACUGGACUAUCUAUCUGACGGGCUCCUCCGACCUCGUCACCCUCAAGGGCAAUUACAUCCACCACACCUCCGGCCGCAGCCCCAAGACAGGCGGAAACUCACUCAUUCAUGCGGUAAACAACUACUGGUAUGCCAACAGCGGGCACGCGUUCGACAACGGCGCCGGCAGCAUGGUCGUCGCAGAGGGCAACAUCUUCCAGAACGUCGUCACACCUCUACUCGAGAACAAGGGAUCUUUCUUCGGCAGCCCGACCACGAGCGCGAACGCGGUUUGCAGCGCCAACCUCGGCCAUACUUGCCAGUUGAACUCUUUCGGUAGUUCGGGUACGCUGGGUGGCACUGACACUGCCUUCCUCAGCAACUUCAAGGGCAAGAACGUUGCCAGCGUUGCUACGGCGAGCGCGAGCACCAUCCAGAAUGCUGCUGGUGUUGGCAAGGUCUAA